AUGUACUAUGCUGCACUGGACUGGAUUGGACUGAAAUGUACUGAACUGGAAUGGAGUGGACUGGACUGGACUGGAAUGGUUUGGACUGGAGAGGGUUGGACUUCACUGCACUGGACUGGACUCUACCGGACUGGAGUGGACAGGGCUGAACUGGAUUUGAAUGGACUGGACAGGACUGGACUGGACUGGACUGGAAUGGAGUGGACUGGAGUGGACUGGACUGGACUGGAUUGGACUGUACUGGAUUAG